GAUGCAUGCUGGGAUAUGAGAGCUGCCAGUGUCCUCUGUAGACAGCUGAAUUGUGGGAUUGCUGUCUCUGUUGUGGGAUCAGACUGGUUUGGAGAGGGAAGUGGUGAAAUCUGGGCUGAUAUGUUUGAUUGUGACGGGAAUGAAACAAAACUCUCAGAAUGUUCCAUCUCUUCAUGGAGUCGAGCUGAAUGUUCUCAUAAACAAGAUGUUGGAGUCAUCUGCUCUGAUUCAUCUCUGGCUCUUCAUGAUGGUCUGGUGCAGUUGUCUGGAGAGAGACAGUGUGAGGGGGAGGUGGAAGUUUUCAUCCAUCAGGUCUGGAGGAGAGUUCUGCUGGACUCCUGGAGUCUCACUGAAUCCUCUGUGGUCUGCAGACAGCUGGGCUGUGGCUCUGUGCUGAACUUCUACGGCUCCUCUUCAUCCAGUCCUGAACACAGUCAUGAGUGUGUGACGGGCUUCCAGUGCUCUGGGAGUGAAGCUCAUCUGGGGAACUGCAGCUCUCCACAAACUCUCAACUGCAGCUCCACACAACAGCUGUCAAUCACCUGCCUUGGUCGCGGGUCCAUCAGGCUGGUGGGUUCUGGGGGAGACUGUGCAGGGAGGCUGGAGGUUUUUCACAGCGGCUCAUGGGGGACAGUGUGUGAUGACUCCUGGGAUAUUAAAGAUGCCCAUGUGGUGUGCAGACAGCUGCAGUGUGGAGUGGCCCUCAGUAACCAGCAGGUACCAGCCUGGUUUGGUCCUGGUUCUGGACCCAUAUGGCUGGAUGAGGUGGAGUGUGAGGGGAAUGAGACGUCCCUGUGGAGCUGCUCUUCUCCAGGCUGGGGAAAACAUGACUGUAAACACAAGGAGGACGUAGGAGUCGUGUGCUCAGAGUUUAAAGAGAUCAGGUUAACUGAGGGCUGUGAAGGGAAUGUGGAGGUUUUCUACAAUGGAUCCUGGGGUAAUGUGUGUUACAACAAGAUGGACAGAGACACAGCGAGUCUGAUCUGUCAAGAGCUGAACUGUGGAAGAUCUGGCAGUGAACCCAGAUAUUCAGUGGGACUGAAGUCUCAUAACUGGCUGGAUUAUUUUAAAUGUCGACGACAUGAUUCCACUUUAUGGCAAUGUCCAUCUUCAUUCUGGGGACAGAAUGACUGUGAUAACGAGGUGGCCAAGAUCACUUGCUCAGCAGAGGAAAGUCAAGAGUCUCUGCGGAGUCGUCUGACAUGUUCAGCAUCUCCUUACCAGAGAAAGUGUUCAAACCAUGUUCCUCUCAGACUGAGUGGAGGGGAGGGCCGGUGCUCUGGGAGGCUGGAGGUGUAUCAUAACGCUGUGUGGGGCUCAUUCUGUGAUGAUCAGUGGGACAUCAGCGAUGCUCAGGUGGUCUGCAGGCAGCUGGGUUGUGGAGCAGCACUGAGGGCUGAUGGGAAUUCAGUCUUUGGUUCUGGUGAAGGUGUUGUGUGGAUGAACAAAGUCGAGUGCAAAGGGAAUGAGAUUCACCUGUGGGACUGUCCUCUCUCCCUGAAAAACCACACUGACUGCUCCCACAAAGAGCACGCUGGACUCACCUGUGCAGUAUUUUUUACAUUGCCAGAUUCGUCAGUGUCCUCUACUCCUGCCACAACAACAUCAGCUUCUCCUCCAGUUUCUCCUCCAGUGCGCACAACAUCAGUCUCUCCUCCACAAUCUCCUCCAGCAGCGUCUCUCUCCGUCCCCCCAGUGCUUGUGAUUGUUCUGGGAGUUGUGCACUUACUGCUCUUAGUGGCACUGCUUAUACUGAUUCAGCAGAACAGAGUGAUGAGGAGAGCUCUCUCUGACUGGUACACAGGACUUCACAGGACUCAGUCUCAGACUGAGCCAAUAUAUGAGGAAAUUUAUCACAGACACAAUCAAUUUACUCAAAGAGAGGAAGAUCAGGAGGAGUAUGAUGAUGUGUGGAGUAUCACUGAAGAUGUGAGAAACCUGUUAGGCUAUGAUGAUGUGGGGGAGGAGUCAAAUGAUGAGGGAGGGGCCGUAUGA